AUGAAACUAAUCCUCCUUCUGAUGUCCCUUCUCCUCCUGCCCCUGGCGUCUACCUUGCCCACUACGGUAGGUGCCCACGCGGCUGAGAAGGUUAACGACCAAGCCCUACCUAAUGAUCACAUCACCGUCGACCUAGUCGAUACUGAUGCUGCGAAACUGCACACCCGCGACAGACCUCCCCCGGAGGACUCCAAGGGGGAUGCAGAUGCGGACGCAGACAUCAGGACUGACGCCGACGGCGACGCCGGGCCCGACGACAUCAACCAGAAUACAGCUCAUUUCGGCCCAAUGAUGGGCAUCGGACCCAUGGGCGCCGCCGCGGUACCGGCCAUGGCAAUGGGUGCUGCUGCGGCGCCUGCUAUGGCCGGCUUAGCGGCUAUGGGUGCUGCAGCACCCGCUAUGGCAGCAGCAGCAGCUAUGGGUGCCGUACCCCCCGUGAUCCCACCGGUGCCCCCUGUGGUCCCGCCGGUACCCCCUAUGAUGGCGGCGCCUGCCGCUGCUGCUGCUGCUGCGGCUAUGGCUAGGAUGGGAGCACUGGGUGCGAUGCGCGUGCCCCCCGUGGCUAUGCCUGUUCCGCCUGUUGCACCUGUUGUUGCGCCGGGGAUGGUGGCCCCGGUGGGUGCGGUUCCGGCUGCCGUACCUGCGGGUGGUGUUCUGCCCGGCGGCGUGACGACGAUGCCUGGAGCGGUGGUGCCGGCGGGCGGGGUCGGAGCGGUGCCAGGAGCUGUGCCGGCUGGAGGUGUUCCUGCCGCGGGUGCCGGGGCGAGCGGGGCUGGAACUGGGACUGGUGCCGGACAAGGUAUUGGCACUGGGACCGGGACUGGAACUGGGAACGCCGGCACUGGCAAUGCCGGUAACGGUGGGACCGGUAAUGGUAACGGCGGCAAUACCGGAACUGGAAACACCGGUACUGGAAAUACCGGUACCGGAAAUUCAGGGACUGGAAACGCGGGUACCGGUAACAACGGAAACGCUGGUGGUGGCAACACCGGGAACGGUGGUAACACCGGCAACAACAAUGGAUCUCGCAUCAAGAGAGACAACCUCGAUGCCAACGCCAGCGGCGACAACGGCGACAACGGCGCAGCGCAGGUAAGUGGUGCAGGCGUGGGUUUCGACAAGCGCGGACCAGCCGAAGCAAAUCAACAACAAGACCAAACGCAAGGCAACGAUGAAGCUGACCACGGCGAUGGCCGCCUCGUCAGCGGUAUUAAUGGACCUGAGGGCGACAGCGACAGCAACGACAAUGAACAAUACGCGCAGACGGAACAUGGCGCCAGGGUGUACCCUGGUGUGUAUGGUAUGCCGUACGGGUAUGGGGUGCUGCCGUAUCCGUACGGAUAUAGGGUGCCGUAUGCGUAUGGGUACGGGUAUCCGAGGGUGUGGUAA